AUGACAAUCAGUAGUAAUAGUAGUAGUAGUUUUAUAUUUAGAUUUGUAAUACUUGCACUCUUGGUAGUAGCAUUUUCACCAAACUUUAUCGAAUCUAUCAAUCAAGUUUCACUAAAUGAUUAUUCAAGACCCGAACAAAUAGUGUUUGAGUUUUCAAUCAUUCACCCUUUCAACGACUAUAUAUUAUUGUUGGCAAUUAAUCCAUCGUCUGGAACCACUCUCACUGAAUAUAUUAUAGUGAAAUUAUAUUUAACCAAUUCAUCAUCAACUUUUAAUACUUCUUCUUCUUCUUCUUCUUCUAAUAAUAAUAAUAAUAAUAAUCAAUUUAAUAAUAAUCAAUUUAAAAUACCAGAGAAUUUAGAGAAUUUAAUUAAUACCAAAGUAAAUUCUAAAUACUCUGUUCAUGUUUUCAAAAACUAUCAACAACUAGCACCAAUACUAUCAUUGAAUCUAGAUGUAUCUGGUGAGAAUCUAUUUCUAACCACUACCAUGAUGCAAUUGGUAAAGAUCAACCUAGAGACAAUGCAAAUUGGUGCCAUACAAAACAAUAAUUCACAAUCCUCUUCACUCAAUAGUGCAUUCUUUUGCAAUGGUUACAUCUAUCUAGUACCACAAACCUCAACGAUACCUGGUAUAUUAAUGAAUCAAUAUAAUGCCACUACAUUGGAGUUGGUCAAUUCGUUGCCGAGUCAAACGCAACCACAAAUCACAUCGAGUUUAUUGGAUUGUAGUGGAGGUUCUGCCUAUAUUAUGAUCAAUAAGCUGACGACUGCCUAUAUCUACAAGGUCAAUCUCUUGAAUAUAUCGUCUGUUGUAGCCUCGCCACUCUAUCCAUCGUCGUUUGACACAUGUUCCUACUUUUGGCAAGGUGAUAAAGACUAUUUGUAUGCUUUUCUCACCAAGAUGGCCUAUCAACCAUCAAAGUUUUUGGUGCAGAUUGAAACCAAGGGUCUCACAAUACAAAACGUAUUUAGCUUUCCAACCAAGGUGAAUAGUUUUAGUUGUGAAGCCAAUCAAGUACACGACUAUGUAUUGGUGUACACCAACAAGUAUGGUAUUCAAAUAUUCUUCCCAUCGCCACUACUAAACAAUACUGUACUGGAGACGAAUAUGUUUUGGAACUCUCGUUCAAACAAUGAAGUGAUGACAAUGGCCAGUAAUGCAAAAUAUAAUGACACUUCAUUCUUAUUAUCUUGUACCUAUGAUCAAAUUGAUCUAACUCCCAUCACCGACACCUCAACUUGUAAUAUUAUAUUAUUAAAAGGUUCAAAUAGUACUUUUAGUCUAAUAGGUCAACAACAUCAACAACAACAACAACAACAUAUUUUAACCUAUUUACAUCAACCAACAACAACAACAUUACCAAGUAACCUUUCAUUGGAAUUAUUUUUUUCAUUUAAUUCACCAACAUACAAUAUGAUUGAUUUGGUAUAUACACAAUCAUCAUCAAAGUUAAAACAAUUCAUUUCGUUUGCUUCUACAUUUACUGGUGUAUCUUAUAUCGAUGUUAUUCGUGUCAAUGCUACUACAGAUUCGACACAAUAUAUUUCCAAUGUAAUGUGUGUUCAGGUUGGUUUGGUUCUACCAUUCUCUUCGUUCCAAGUCAAAGAGAAUUUGGUCUAUGUCUUUUUUGGGUCACAACUUAGUUUAAAUACCCAAGGUUCACUUCUCUCUGCCUUGAUUGUAGAUUUUUAUGACUCUUCAAUGGCACUAUACACUAGUCGACUUCGAGUUAAUUCUCUACAAGUCAUACAAAAUAAUUAUAAUGGAAAUCAUAACUAUAGUCGACGUUCUUUAUCCACUUCUACUUCAACUUCCACAUCCACUUCAUCAUAUCCAUCAUUUUCAUUUUUUGUUACAAGUAUUACAAGUCAAAAUUUUAUUCAUCGAGCAGUUGUAUUGAUAAGACAUGGUUUUGUAUUUCAAGAGAAGAUUAAAGUGGCUGGUGGUCAAGCACAAGGAUUAUCGAUUGCACUAGAUUACACUUACAAUGAUUAUGCAAUCAUAUACAACAAGGCAUCUACUCCAACAGGUUCGAACCUAUUGUUUGUAUCGGUCAAUCAAUCAUCAACCAAUACUCCAUCGCUCUCUUACACUGUCAAUUGUAAUUGCACAUUGAUGGAUGCUUUUCUUACAGAGGAAUCAAAUACAACGGUCAUGGUAAUGAUGCUUAGAAGUAUAUCUGCUGUCGUCACGGCAACACCAGAUUGUUGGUUCAAAAAGUUGGAUAUGCAAACUGGUAAUAUUCUAUUUGAAUCGGCACCAACACAAUUCCCAUUCUCCAUUUUCCCUGCCGACGGUAGUGGAGCCUUUUUAGAUAGUUAUUCAGCAUUUGCCUAUUUCUAUUUGACAACUGGUGUUGUUUUUUCAGUAGACUAUACGACCUUUCAACAAGUUAGUUAUAUACCACUUCCAGAAAAUGCUUUUACUCCAUUGUCUAGGUUGGAUGGUUCAAUGAACAAUGCCUUUGUUCUUCAACCUCAGGGUGUAUUGGUACUCAAUUUGGAUUGUAUUGCCGGUUACUAUCGUCCCAAUCCAAACAAAGGUUGUCAGAAAUGUCACAUUGGCAGUUUUUCACCAAACUCUGCUUUUGAAUGUAGUAUUUGUCAACUAGGUACUAUUGCCCCUAAAAAUGGUAGUGCUUCUUGUUCCCCUUGUCCAAUAGGUACUAGUAGUAGUGAUGGUCGAUCGUGUGCACCAUGUCUCGAUUCAACGUAUGCUCCCGACCCAAAAAUGUCACAAUGUUUACCAUGUCCAAAGGAUUCUGUCUCUUCAUCAGACUAUAGUACUUGUGUUUGUGCCUAUGGAUAUUACGAUAGUGCCACAAAUUCAAGCUCUCAACAAGACUAUGAUGGAGUAGCAACACAAUCGUCGUCUGUCAGUUUAGAAUGUACUCCAUGUCCUAUAGGAGCCAACUGUACAAAUGGUUUAAUUUAUCCAUUGGAAAAUUAUUGGUCACCUCAUCCAAACUCAUCAUUUGUCUUUCCAUGUCCAUUUACAGGUGCUUGCUUGGGUGGUCUGCAUAGUAAUUGCUCAGAAGGUUAUUAUGGAAUAGCAUGUGCAGGAUGUACCGAUGGUUACAGUUUCUAUAUCAACAGUUGUUCAAAGUGUCCUCCACACUUUUAUCAGACCAUCUUUUUGAUCGUCCUAUUCUUCUUGGCAUUGUUGAUACUCUUGUUGAUUGCGUACAAGGCAGGUGUCAAUGUAACCUUUUCUGCCCUCAAGAUUCUCAUUUCCUAUGGUCAGGUUAUCAGCUCCAUCUCUGUCACCAUCUCUACCAAUCAAGAGGCACUCGAAAAGCUAUUGACUCUGGUCACCCUAUCCAAUGUCGAUAUUUUACAUGCCAUCUCGUUGGACUGUCUUUUCGGUCGAGAGGUAUCAUUUUACGAAAGCUAUUGGGUGUCUGUUGUCUCUCCACUCUUUAUCAUCUUUUUAAUCGUUGUGGCUCAUUAUUCUACCAAAUUUAUAACACGUACCAUCAAACACAUUAGAUUUGUAAAUAAUCAAGCAAACCAAAUGAUCGAAGAGAUGGAAAGAGAUCAACAACGAGACAAGAAUUUACAAUACAAUUUGGAGGAUUUUGCACCAAGAUCAAAUGAUGAAUCUGUCGGCUCAUCGUUUAUCCUAAACGACGAUGAAAUCGAAGAGAUUAACAACAAUAUUAGAGAGCUGGAAAAGGUGCUAAAACUAGAAUCAAGUGCCAAGAAAAAGGUUGAAGAUGAUGAAACAACAGAAGCAUUGUUGGAAGAUAAUCUGCUCGAUCCAACACGUACCACAAAGAGUAUUUUGGCACUUAAACAACGACUCUUGUUUGAAAGAAUCAGACGUAAAAAGUUACUAAAGCAUCCAAAUAGAGAUGCUCUUUGGAGAGAUAUUCUUUUGGUAUUCUUGUUGACAUAUUCGGCGGUAUGUCAAACGGUACUGUCACUUUACAGUUGUGUAGAGAUUAAUGGUCAAUACUACCUUCAAUACGAUCUAAAUACUCUUUGCUCUGGGUUCGAUUGGCAAAUGCACGCGUACAUUGGAGUCAUUUUCGUUAUUCUUUAUCCAGUUGGUGUACCACUACUCUUUUGGAUUCUUUUAUAUCUAUGGCGUCGCCGUAGACUUAUUAGCGAAGAAAAGGUAAAGGAAAGAUUAUCGUUGCUUUAUGCAGGUUACAAGGAUAAUUGUUGGUAUUGGGAAUGCCUAGAGUUGGUUAGAAAGCUUCUCUUGACAAGUGCCGUCUCAAUUACGAUCCGUGGAGGUGUUAUUGGCGUUUUCAACAAGAAUUCAAUCAAUGCAGUUGUUUGUGUACUCGCCCUAUUCCUCCAAUACCAUUUUAAGCCUUUCCUUGACAAUGCCGAUAACUGGCUCCAGUUCAACUCGUUGGCAAUGAUUUAUUUUAUCUAUUUCUACUUGCUUGUCAGCAACAACGAACCCGCAGAUUCCAUCAGCAUCCAAACCUUGGGUACCAUCGACUCUAUCAUCCUUCUCAUCCUCGCUGGCAUUGUCGCAACACAUGGUAUUAUUCUUGCAGUCAUGUACGGCAAGAAGCUCAUGCCCGAGAUCAAAUCAUUCCUCCUCAACAAUCCAUUGGUUUUGCGAUUCCUUCCACAAAACAAAAGAAACCAAUGGAUCAAACACCAAAAACUCCACUACAACAACCGUAUCACUUCUAUUAUCGAUCGUAAAUUGCAACGACAAGAAGAGGAAAAACAAACUCAAAAACAACAACAACUUGGUCAAAGCUAUAAUAGUAACAGUAGCAAAGAUGAUACAAAUUCAGGUGCCUUUUCAAGCUUUAUUGUCGACAAUAAUAACAAUAAUAAUAUCGAUGAUACUUUUAAUUUAACAAUCACUCUUAGUUCACAUAGGCAACAACAACAAAACAACCAAAACUCAACACAUGAAGAAUAA